GGGGUAACUAGCAAUUAUACUGGUGACUGUGAUGCUGCAGACCGGCAUUAUUCAUGCUUCGGGUUAGGGUGAUGAAGUAGAAUCACAGACUUAAGAGCUAGAAGCCGGGUCAUCCAGUCCUGUCAUAUUAAAAAAUGUUGGCUCGCUCAGGGUUUCCCAGGUGGUAAAUGUCGGGGCUUAGUUUUGGUACUGUUGUAAAAGACCAGGGGUUUGGCCAUCUGAAGGCCUAGCUCCUCAUGCUGGCUUUGCCUCUUAGCACCUGGGGGCAAGGCACAAUUUUUCUGCUUUUUCCCCUGUGAGAGUGGAUUUUGAGACCUCUUAAUGCUGUGAAAUUCUGUUUUUAUUAUUACUCACUCUUGUUUCCUCCCGUUUUGAAGUAGGUAUGGAAAAGGAAUGAACUGGGAUCUAAGAGAUGUGCUUGAACUACUGUGCUUCUCAAAAGAGCAAGGUCUCUCCUCUAGGACCCUCUUGCUUGGGUCCUGAUCAGGUCCCACUUUGGGAAAAGGAGAGGUUCUUGAUGUUUCUCCAUUUUCAGGAAGUUUACACAAAGACACCAGCAAAUGGUUCUACCCUCUGAAGUAGAGGUGUUGGAGUCUAUCUACCUGGAUGAAUUACAGGUGGUUCAAGGAAAUGGGAGGUCUUCACCAUGGGAAAUCUGCAUCACGCUACAUCCUGCUACAGCCGAAGACCAGGAUUCACAAUUUGUCUGCUUUACCUUGGUGUUGCUGGUCCCUGCACAGUACCCCAAUGAGGUGCCUAAGAUCUCUAUCCGUAACCCCCGAGGGCUCUCAGAUGAACAGAUUCACAAGAUCUCACAGGCACUGAAUUGUGUGGCUGAGGCCGGACUGGGCACUGCUGUGCUCUAUGAACUCAUUGAGAAGGGAAAGGAGAUCCUCACAGACAACAAUAUUCCACAUGGCCAGUGUGUCAUCUGUCUCUAUGGUUUCCAGGAGAAAGAAGCUUUCACUAAGACCCCCUGUUACCACUACUUCCAUUGCCAUUGCCUGGCCCGCUACAUCCAGCACAUGGAGCAAGAACUCCUGGCCCAGAAGGAGGAGCAGCAGCAACACCCCGGCUCUCCGGUGGAGCAGGGUGUCGGCGUCCAGUGUCCAGUCUGCAGAGAGCUCCUGGUCUACGACCUCGCCACGCUGCAGGCAGCUCCCCCACCUCAACAUCCUCUGGAGCCAUACCAGCCCGAUGCAGAGAGCUUGAGGCAGCGGGAGGAGAGGCAGCGGCUCUACGAGAGGCAACAGCAGCGCGGGGGGAUCAUAGAUCCAGAAGCUGAACGGAACCGCUAUUUCAUCAGCCUCCAACAGCCUUCCCCUGUGGAGCCUGAGGUGGCUCAGGAUGCCUCCAAGGGAUCUCAGCCACCAGGUGCCCCUGCCACAGCUUUGCCCACCCCACCAGACACUCUGCCUGUUGCCCCACAGCAUACAAGAGAAAGGAUCUCAGGGGCUGGGCCAAGCCAACCAGGGCUGAAUGAGCUCCAGAGGGCAGAAAGAGACACCUCCAGGGCCUGCCGGACCCCUGGGCAACAGUCAGAGCAGAGAGACCUUCGGGGAAGUGGGAACUCUGCCCCCAAAGGCUCCAGUUGUACACAAGAACUGCCCCCUCCUACAGGGCCAUUCAAAGAGCCCAUGGACCUGAAGCCAGAGCCUCAGAGUCAAAGGGUUGAAGGCCCCACCAAGGAGAAGGGGGCUGGCAACUGGCAGGGGCCCCCAAACCGCAGGAACUGGGAAUGUGGUCGCUGGGAACGUUCCAAAGGCCGGAUGCCUGGCUCCUCUUAUCCCCGCCUGCCUCGAGGUCGGGGAGCUUACCGGCCCAGUGCCCGCAGGGAACCUCCAGGCCUGGAACCAGAGGAGGCUUCCUAGCAGGAAUGCUGGGGGACAGGGAAUAAUGGGUGGGAGGGAAGCAAUAAAGAGUAUUGGCCCAGCUCAGCCAACUCUGCUUGCUGCUGCCUCUGGAAGUAAAAAGUCUAGUCUUUAGGAGCUAUAUCCUUGCCAAAUUUGUGAUGGAAGGAAGAGGCAAAGGUGGCAGGAUAAUUCUUUAAAUCCUUCUGUAUUUGUAUGGAAGUUGUGACGGCCAUGAAUGUUAGAAAAAGGAAUGUACUCCUAAACUUG